CAUGUCAUAAAAGAAACAUCAAGAGUCACCAGUGAUAAAGGAUUCACACAGGAAUCGAUGAGGAGGAGAUCUGGCACUGAACAAGAAGUAGCGAGUUCAUCACCAUCGCAGCAGCAACAUGAACAAGAGCUACAUCAGUUCAAAGACACAGGACCGUGUCCUACAGUCACCUGGUCUAACCAAGGACCAGGCAGUGAAGACCUCAUCUCUAAUGUUGCCCUGUCUGAUCGGAAGGACACGGACAGUUUCUUACUUGAGCAGGACAGUGUUGCUGUUGCGGGCAUUGAAGGAACAUUUCUUACAAUUGUCAGUGGGCAGGAUGAAGGUCUGGACACAUCGGCACAGAAUCAGUUGGGGUCAGAGGUGAGAGGUGCUGAAGCCCAGUCAGUUUUAGCAGGAAGUAAUCAUGUGAAUUUCCUAGAUCCCUUGAUUGCAACUGAACGACCCAAGACUUCAAGACCUACAAGAACAUUCAAGACAAAUUCUGGUGGCAAGAUCAGAAAGUUACAAGGGCGACCUUACAGCGCAGCAGACGUGAAGAGCAGCCCCAUAAGUCCCAGGACAAGUCCCUUAGUUAGCCCCACAGGUGGCCUGGGGUCAGACUUCCAGCCGUUGAGAGAAGACUUUUUGCUCAAGGGUUUGAACCCACAAUCCAGAUACCGACCUGUUACAGCAGUGAGACGGAGAUCUGAUCUGGUACACCCACCUCCACAACGACCCCCCUCCCCCGUCUCCAAUAAUACAGUCAAGUCAUGUGGGUUAAAGGUCACUAGUACAAGGACAUGGCUGGCGGCAGGUCGUGACCUCCACUUGGAGGAUGUCCAGAGCAGGCCCAAGUCUGGUCACACCCCGGGUUGGAGGGAAGGCAUGCCGGACAGUAUGAAAAAACGCCGCUCAAAGUCUGCGCAUGUGUCAUCCACUAG